AUGCUGCUGCAGAUGAAGUCUACACCAGGACAGAAGCUGGCAUUGUCUGCAGGUACUGGCCACACAGCUGCAGUCCGCGCUGAUGGAAAGCUGGUUUGCUGUGGGCGCCGCGCACAGUGUGCGAUGCCUGCAGACUUGGGUAAGGUAUUGGAAGUGUCGGCCGGCAAUUCUCACACGUGUGCGGUGCGUGCUGAUGGCCGCCUAGUGUGCUGGGGGAGUAAUCAGACGGGACAGUGCGAGGUCCCAUCAGACGUAGGACCGGUGUGGACUCUGUCAGCCGGUUAUCACCACACUUGUGCUGUGCAAACAGAUGGCCAGCUUGUCUGCUUCGGUCGCAACCUGGAAGGUCAAUGCGAUGUACCAGCAGACCUGGGGCCCGUUUUGUCAGUGUCUGCGGGCAGCGCCCACACCUGCGCAGUGAAAGCCGACGGUUUUUUGCGCUGCUUCGGGCAUGGCGAUGGUUCUCACAAAGUCCCUGAGAACCUGGGGCCUGUUCUGAGCGUGUCUGCUGGUGGCUUUCACACAUGUGUCAUUCGGGCAGAUGGCACGCUAGUGUGCUUUGGAGCCAAUGACGACGGUCAGUGCGACACGCCCAACGGCAUGACUUCAACAGCGGCAGUUUCUGCCGGCAUUUUCCACACCUGCGCGGUGAAGACUGAUGGUCGGCUCGUUUGCUUCGGGCGCAACAGGGAAGGUCAGUGCGAUGUACCGCCAGACCUUGGACCUGUGCUGGCGGUAUCCGCCGGAUUCUUCCACACGUGCGCUCUUCUCACGGACGGUUCAACAGUCUGCUUUGGUGAUAACGAUGCAGGCCAAUGCAAUCUGCCUGACUAG